CUGGAUUUGAGACGGACUCCAAGUGCAGGCCUGAGUUAAGCUCGACUCGAUUACAACCCUAAAUUGAUCAUGAUCCAGGCAAUAAAAAUUGACGCGUCGAUUUAUUUGCCAUGAAAAGAAAUAUAACCCUAAAUUGACAACAACUUCUUUAUCCACUAGCUUUUAUUCUGGUCGUCACCAGGUAAACUGGGAUAACAAAAAACAAAUAGUAGUGGAUAAAGGAAGAAAAGACAAGGAGAAAGCAGAGAUGGCGUCCACAGCUCUAUUACCCAUCAAUGGAACAAGUCUCCCACUCUCUCUUCAAUGCUCAUCUCUCUCCCGUAAUCACAGUCAACGCUCUGAGACAAUUCGCAAGUGGGGAUGGAGGAGAGACCAAGAUGUAGCUCCGGUGACUAGUAGAACCAAGGGCCAAGCAUUUCACAUUUUGGUCAAUUCUAAUUUGUCUGCACAGAAAGGCAAUUCAAAUAAAGAGGUGAUUAUGGUUGAUCCAGUAGAAGCAAAACGGUUGGCUGCCAAACAAAUGCAGCAAAUUCAAGCGAAAGAGAAAUUCAAGAGAAGACGUCAAAUUGAAGCCAUUAAUGGAGCAUGGGCAAUUAUUGGUCUCGCGGCCGGGUUAGUUAUUGAAGGUCAGACUGGAAAAAGUAUUCUAACUCAGUUGGCUGACUAUUGGUCUGCCAUUGUUCAUCUUUUCGUGCAAUAGACAUGGUUCCACAAUGGCGGAAACUCAAGGAAUUGCAGAUUCUUUUUUUUUGUAUAAUUCUUCAGAAAUAUAUGUUAGUGGUGAGAUAUCUAUCCUCCAGCUAACCUUUGAUGUAUUAUUUUCUAUGGUUACUCCUCUGUCUAAAAUGACCUGCUUGGUAUUGUUCAAUAACAUUCUUUUUGCAUUAAUAGUCAAUAAAUUUGUCUGAAUUGUCCAUGUAUAUUUGGUAGGCAACCUUCA